AUGGAGAGGAAGGGUAGAGGAGGGGAUGGAGGGGGAGAGGAGGAGUGGAGAGAGGAGGAGAUGGAGGAGGAGAUGGAGGAGGAGAUGGAGAGAAGAGAGAGGGCCGAGUGGAGGGAGAGAGGAGGCGAUGGGAGGGGGAGGGAUGGAGGGAGAGAGGAGGAAGAUGGAGGGGAGAGGAGGGAUGGAGGGCGAGAUUGGAGGGAGAGAGAGGAGAUGGAGGGAGAGGAGGCGGAGGGAGAUGGAGGGAGAGGGAGAGAUGGGGGGAGAUGGAGGGAGAGAGGAGGGGAGAUGGAGAGGAGAGGAGUAGAUUGGAGGGGUAUUGGAUGGAGAGAGGAGGAGAGGAGGGGGAGGAGGAGGAGAUGAGGGGAGAGAGAGGAGGAGAUGGAGGAGGGAGAGAGGAGGAGAGGGAGAGAUAGGGAGGAGAGGAGAAGAGGUAGAGAUUAGAGAAGUGCUGCUAUAGGAAGAGAGGUCAUGGAUGGAUGGAUGUUAUUCCUGUGUAAUUAACCACAAAAUUCUAUCCUGUGUAAUUAAACCAACAAACUAAUUAUUCCGGUGUAAUUAACCACAAAUAGUUAUUUCCUGGUAAUUAACCACAAACUAAUAUAUUCAGGUGUAAUUAACCAGCAACUAAUCUAUUGAUUAGUAAUAACCACAACUAAUCUUAUUCCUGGUUUAUUAACCACAAACUAAUCUAUUGAUUUAGUAAUUAACCACAACUAAUCUAUGAUUAGUAAUGUAACCAAAUAAGCUAGUGAUUAGUAAUAGACCACAACUAAUCUAUUCCUGUGUAAUUAACCCUACUAAUUCUAUUGAUAGUAAGUAAACCACAACUAAUUAUUCCUGUGUAAUGACCACAAUAAUCUAUUGAUUAGUAAUUAACCCACACUCAUCUAUGCCGUGUAAGUAAACCAACAACUAAUCUAUUGAUUAGUAAUUAACCACAACUAAUCUAUUGAUUAGUAAUUAACCACAACGAAUCUAUUGAUAUGUAAUUAACCACAACUAAUCUAUUGAUUAGUAAUUAACCACAACUAAUCUAUUGAUUAGUAAUUAACCCAACUAAUCUAGAGUAAUUAACCACAACUAAUCUAUUGAUUAGUAAUUAACCACAACUAAUCUAUUGAUUAGUAAUUAACCACAACUAAUCUGUUUUUUUUUUUGAUUCGUAAUUAACCACAACAAAUCUAUGCAUGUUAAUUAACACAACUACUCUAUGAUAGUAAUAACACAACUAAUCUAUUGAGUAGUAAUUAACCACAACUAAUUCUAUUGAUUAAGUAAUUAACCAAACUAAUCUAUUGAUUAGUGAAGAACCACACAACUAAUCAUUGAUUAGUAAUGCCCACAAGAAUUAUUGAUUAGUAAUAAACCACAAAUAAUCUAGUGUAGUAAUUAACCACAACAAAUAUUGAUGUGUAAUUACCACAAUAAUGUAUUCCUGUGUAAUUAACCACAACUAAUCUAUUGAUUAGUAAUUAACCACAACUAAUCUAUUCCUGUGUAAUUAACCACAACUAAUCUAUUGAUUAGUAAUUAACCACAACUAAUCUAUUCCUGUGUAAUUAACCACAACUAAUCUAUUGAUUAGUAAUUAACCACAACUCAAUCUAUUGAUUAGUAAUUAACCACAAAACUCAAUCUAUGGAGUAAGUAAUAACCACAACUUAAUCUAUUGAUUAGUAAUUAACUACAACAAAUCUAUUGAUGUGUAAUUAACCACAACUAAUCUAUUGAUUAGUAAUUAACCACAACUAAUCUAUUGAUUAGUAAUUAACCACAACUAAUCUAUUGAUUAGUAAUUAACCACAACUAAUCUAUUGAUUAGUAAUUAACCACAACUAAUCUAUUGAGUGUAAUUAACCACAACUAAUCUAUUGAUUAGUAAUUAACCACAACUAAUCUAUUGAUUAGUAAUUAACCACAACUAAUCUAUUCCUGUGUAAUUAACCACAACUAAUCUAUUGAUUAGUAAUUAACCCAACAAUCUAGUGUUAGUAAUAACCACAACUAACUAUGAUAGUAAUACACAACAUAAUCUAUUGAUAUAAUUAAAACCCAACUAUCUAUGCUUAGUAAUUAACCACAACUAAUCUAUGUUAGUUAAAUUAACCCAACUAAUCAUUGAUGGUAAUAACCCCAACUAGUUAUCCUGUGUAAUUAAACCACAUAAUCUAUUGAUUAGUAAUUAACCAAAACAAUCUAGUGAUUAGGAAUUAACAACAACUAAUAUAUGAUUUAGUAAUUAACCACAACAAAAUCUAUUCAUGUGUAAAUUAAACCACAAAACUAAUGUAUCCUGUGUAAUACCACAAACAAUAGCUUCUGGUGAAUUAACCACACUAAUCUAUUGUGUGUAUUAACAACACUAAUUCUAUCCGGUGUAAUUAACAACAAACUAAUCUAUUGAUUAGUAAGUAACCACAAAUAAUAUAUGAUUAGUAAUUAACCACAACCAUAUAUUCCUGUGUAAUUAACCACAAAACAAUCUAUUCCUGUUGUAAGUAACCAAAAAUUAAUCUAUGAUUAGUGUAAUUAACCACAACUAAUCUAUUCCUGUGUAAUUAACCACAACUAAUCUAUUCCUGUGUAAUUAACCACAACUAAUCUAUUGAUAGUUAAUUACACCAAAACUAAUUCUUCUGUGUUAAUUAAACCCAACUAAUCUAUUGAUUAGUAAUUAACCAAAAAACCUUUUUUUUUAAAAAAAUCCUAUUCCUGUGUAAUUAACAAUAAUAAUUCUACUGUUAGUAAUUAACCACAACUAAUCUAUUCCUGUGUAAUUAACCACUACUAAUCUAUUGAUGUGUAAUUAACCACAACUAAUCUAUUCCUGGGUAAUUAACCACUACUAAUCUAUUGAUUUGUAAUUAACCACAACUAAUGUAUUCCUGUGUAAUUAACCAACAAAAAUUAUAUGAUUAGUAAUUAACCACAACAAAUCUAUUCCUGUGUUGUAAAUUAUUAACCAUUACUUAAUCUAUUGAAGUAAUAACCCCAACUAAGUAUUCCUGUGUCAGCAGGCCCAGACACAAGACAUCGUCCCAACCAUUGGCUUCAGCAUAGAGAAGUUCAAGACAUCAAGGUAAUUCAUGAUGUGUAUUUGUUUUAGAGACAAUAAUGGAUGUAUGUACGAUGAUCAGAUGUUCAAAGCUAUACCUUGAAGGUUGUGGGGGGAACAUUGUCUUAACGUUACCAGUACCAUAUCCUUGGAUGUGUCCCAAGGGGAGCCGAUUCCAAACAUAGUGCAAAGAUAUUCUAUCCAGUUCUUACUAAAGCCAUCUCUUCUCUAAAGUCUUCUAAGCCAUCUCUUAUCUCCAGUCUUAUAAAAGCAUUAUUCUCUCCAGUCUUAAGCAUCUCUUCUCUCAGUCUUCUAAAGCCCUCUUCUUCUCUCCAGUCUCAAAAGGCAAUCUCUUCUCGCAGUUUUCUAAAGCCGUGUCUCUUCUCUACAGUUUCUAAGCAUCUGAUUCUCUCCAGUCUUCUAAAUCAAUCUCUUAUCUCCAGUCUCUAAAACUCUCUCUUCUCAGUCUUAUAAAGCUUAUUCUCUCCAGUCUUCUAAAUCAUCUCUUCUCUCAGUCUUCUAAAGCCAUCCUUCUCUCAGUUUCAAAGAAAUCUCUUCAUAUCAAGUCUCUUAUAAGCCAUAUAUUCUCUCCAGUCUUCUUUUCCUAAUAGCCAAUCUCUUAUCUCCAGUCUUCUUUAUAAGCCACUCUUCUAUCCCAGUCUUUUUCUAAAGCAUCUCUUCUCUCCAGUAUUUAUUCUAAAGCCAUCAUAUUCUCCCAGUCUUAUUCUAAGCCAUAUCUAUCUCCAGCUUCUUCUAAAGCCAUUCUCUUAUAUCCAGAUUCUUCUAAAGAAAUCUCUUCUCGUCCAGUGCUUCUUAAAAGCCUAUCUCUUCUCUCCAGUCGUCUUCUAAAGCCAUCUAUUCUACCAGUCUUCUUCCUACAAGCCAUAUCUUCUCUCCAGUCUUCUUCUAAAGCCAGAUCUCUCUCCAGUCUUCUUACUUAAAGCCAUCAUCUUCUCUCAGUCUUCGUCUUAUUUAACGACAUAGUCUCUACAUCUUCUAAAGCCAUUCGAUUCCUCCAGUCUUCUUCUAAAGCCAUCUCUUCUCUCCAGUCUUCUUCUAAAUCCAUCUCUUCUCUCCAGUCUUCUUCUAAAUCCAUCUCUUCUCUCCAGUCUUCUUCUAAAUCCAUCUCUUCUCUCCAGUCUUCUUCUAAAUCCAUCUCUUCUCUCCAUCUUCUUCUAAAUCCAAUCUUUCUCCUCUAAGGCUUCUUCUUAAAUCAAUUAUCUUUCUCUCCAGUCUUCUUCUAAAUACAUAUCUUCUCUACCAGUCUUCUUCUAAAGCAAUCUCUUAUCUACGUAUUCUUUAAAUAAUCCAUCUCUUCUCUCAGUAUCUAUUCUAAAGCCAUCUCUUCUCUCCAUCUAUAAAGCCCAUAUCUUCUCUCCAGUCUUCUUCUAAAGCCAUCUCUUCUCUCCAGUCUUCUUUAAAGCCAUCUCUUCUAUCCAGUCUCUUCUAAAGCCAUUCGUUCUCCAGUAUUCUCUAAGCAUCCUUCUCUCCAGAUAUUCUUCAAAAGCCUCUCUUCUUCUCCAGUCUUCUAAUCCAUUCUUCUCUCCAGUCUAUUAUAAAGCAAUCUUUUCUCAGUCUUCUCUAAAAGCCAUCGCUUAUCUCAAGUCUUCUAAAUCCAGCUUUCUCUCCAGUCUUCUUCUAAAGCCAUAUCUUCUCUACAGAUUUUAUAAAGCCAUCUCUUCUCUCAGUCGUCUUUAAAUCAAUUAUCUUAUCUCCAGUCUUCUUCUAAAGCCAUCUCUCUCUCCAGUCUUCUUCUAAAUCCAUCUCUUCUCUCCAGUCUUCUUCUAAAGCCAUCUCUUCUCUCCAGUCUUCUUCUAAAGCCAUCUCUUCUCUCCAGUCUUCUUCUAAAGCCAUCUCUUCUCUCCAGUCUUCUUCUAAAGCCAUCUCUUCUCUCCAGUUUUUAUAAAAGCAUCUCUUCUCUCAAGUCUUCUAAGACAUCUCUUCUCCUAAAGUCUUUCUUCUAAAGCCAUCUCUUCUCUCCAGUCUUCUUCUAAAGCCAUCUCUUCUCUCCAGUCUUCUAAAUCCAUCUCUUCUCUCCAGUCUUCUUCUAAAGCCAUCUCUUCUCUCCAGUCUUCUUCUAAAUCCAUCUCUUCUCUCCAGUCUUCUUCUAAAUCCAUCUCUUCUCUCCAGUCUUCUUCUAAAAGCCAUCUUUCUACUCAAGUCGUAUUCUAAUCCUCUUUCUCUACCAGUCUUCUUCUAAAGCCAUCUCUUCUCUCCAGUCUUCUUCUAAAGCCAUCUCUUCUCUCCAGUCUUCUUCUAAAGCCAUCUCUUCUCUCCAGUCUUCUUAAGAAAGCCAUAUCUUCUUCUCCCAGUCGGAUUCUAAAGGCAAAUCUCUUCUAUAGUUUAUUAAAUCCAUCUCUUAUUCAGUCUUCGUUCUAAGCUCUCUUCUCUCCAGUCCUUUUCCUAUCUAAAGCAUCUCUUUCUCUCCAGUCGUAUUCUAAAUCCAAUCUCUUCUUACAGUCUUUUAUCUAAAGCAUCUACUUCUCUCCAGUCGUCUUCUAAAUCCAUCUCUUCUCUCCAGUCUUCUUCUAAAGCCAUCUCUUCUCUCCAGUCUUCUUCUAAAGCCAUCUCUUCUCUCCAGUCUUUACGCCAUCUCUUAUCUCCAGUUCGUUCUAACAUCAUCGAUUCUCUCCAGUCUCUUCGAAAUCAAUUCUAGUCUCUCCAGUCUUCUUCUAAAGCCAUCUCUUCUCUCCAGUCUUCUAAAGCCAUCUCUUCUCUCCAGUCUGUCCUUCACAGUGUUCGACAUGGCUGGCCAAGGGAGAUACAGAAACCUCUGGGAGCAUUACUACAAGUGAGUCUGUUCACUUUACCAGCGCAUACACACACACACACACACACACACACACACACACACACACACAACACACACACAAAUACAGCGAUACACACAACAAACACACACCACACACACACACAAAACACACCACACACAAUACAGCGAUACCACACACACCACACACACACACACACAGUGAUACACACACACACACACACACACACAACACACCCACACACACAACACACACACACACACACACACAACACAAAGUGAUAACACAAACACACACAACCACAACAUACAGGACCACACACACAUACAGUGAAUACCACAGACACACACCACCACAAGGACACACACAGUGAUAAACACACCAAAGUGACACACUGACACACACAACAGUGUCAAACGCACACACACACAAACGGUGAUGCACACCAUACUGAUCUCCUACUGGUGCUAACACAGGGUAGGUAGUAAUGGUAGUGGAAUCUGUUUACCCUAACCCCUUCCCCCCCAGGGAGGGUCAAGCCAUAAUUCUUUUUCGGUGGUGGAAAUAUGGAGACAAAAUGUUGAGGAUGGGGGGGGUACAAGAAGAAAUGGAUACGUCCUCACCACCCAGGGAAUCAUCCUCCCACAUUAAUAACCUCCUAAACCACCCAGGUGAAUUCAUCAUCCCUUAUACACCUCCUCAACCACCCAGUGUGGAAUCACCUCCACAAUUAUACGCUCCUCAACCAACGGUGAAAUCACCCUCCCAAUUAUACAACUCCUCAACCACCCAGGGGAAUAAUCCUCCACAUUUAUACGCUCCUCAACACCCAGGUGAAUCAUCUUCCACAUUAUACACUCCUCAACCACAGGUGAAUCAUCCUCCACAUUAUACACCUCCUCAACCACCCAGGUGAAUUAAUCCUCCAUUAUACGCUCCUCACACCCAGGGGAAUCUCCUCCACAUUAUACACUCCUCAACACCAGGUGAAUCAUCAUCCAAUAUAUCACACCCUCAAAUACAAACACCCAGAGCUGAAUAUCAGUCACCACAUUAUACGUCCUCAACCACCCAGGUGAACUCAUCCUCCACCAUUAUACGCUCCUCAACCACCAAGGUGAAUCACCCACCUACCACACAAAGGUCAGAGAGGAAAGAAAUAACACGAGAGAAAAGGGAACGUGAGAAGAAAGGUGUGAAAUAUGCAAAGAGGGUACGUCCUCAACUCACCAGGUGAUAAUGCUCCACAUAGACGCUCAUAAACCACCCAGGUGAAUCAUCCUCCACAUUUUACACGCUCCUCAACACCAGGUGACUAUCCUCCACAUAUAAAGCAUCAACCACCCAGCGUGUUGAAUAAUUCCUCCACAUUAUACACCCUCAUAAACCCCCAGGUGAAUCAUCUCCCCAUAGACAAUCCUCAACCACCCAGGAUCAUCCUCCACAUAUUAACACUCCUCAACACCCAGGUUGAAUCCAUCUCCAUUAUACACUCCUCAACCACCCAGGUGAAUCAUCCUCCACAUUAUACACCCUCCUCACCCACCCAGGGGAAUCAUCCUCCACAUUAUACACUCCUCAACCACCCAGGUGAAUCAUCCUCCACAUUAUACACUCCUCAACCACCCAGGUGAAUCAUCCUCCACAUUAUACACUCCUCAACCACCCAGGUGAAUCAUCCUCCACAUUAUACACUCCUCAACCACCCAGGUGAAUCAUCCUCCCCAUUAUACACUCCUCAACCACCCAGGGGAAUCAUCCUCCACAUUAUACACUCCUCAACCACCCAGGUGAAUCAUUCUACACAUUAUACACUCCUCAACCACCCAGGUGAAUCAUUCUACACAUUGAUUCACAUAGAACUGGAUACACUCCUCAACCAUCCAGCCAAGACUUACCAACACAUAUCAUUUGAACCAAGACUUACCAACACGUAUCAUUUGAACCAAGACUUACCAACACGUAUCAUUUGAACCAAGACUACCAACACAUAUAAUUUGAACCAAGACUUACCAACACGUAUCAUUUGAACCAAGACUUACCAACACAUAUAAUUUGAACCAAGACUUACCAACACAUAUCAUUUGAACCAAGACUUACCAACACGUAUCAUUUGAACCAAGCCAAGACUUACCAACACAUAUAAUUUGAACCAAGACUUACCAACACAUAUCAUUUGAACCAAUACUUACCAACACGUAUCAUUUGAACAAAGCCAAGACUAACCAACACGCAUAAUUUGAACCAAGCCAAUACUAACCAACACGCAUAAUUUGAACCAAGCCAAGACUAACCAACACGUAUCAUUUGAACCAAGCCAAGACUAACCAACACGUAUCAAUUAUGGGGUAUUGUGUGUAGGCCAGUGACAGACAAUCUGAAUUGAAUCCAUUUUUAAAUUCAGGCUGUAACACAACUUUCUGAAGGCGCUGUUUGUGUCUGUCCCUGACGUCUAACCCUGGUCCAUCUAGACAUCAAGCACCGGCGGAUCCCCCUGCUGUUCUUUGCCAACAAGAUGGACGUGAGAGACGCCCUGUCUUCAGUCAAGGUCUCCCAGCUACUCUGUCUGGAGAACGUCAAGGACAAGCCCUGGCACAUCUGGUAGGUGGACUAGUUAUUUGCACCCACAAUCCAUGUUUCUAGACCAGGACCAGGAUUCAGUCAGUUACAGUGCAUUAGAUUUCAUAGGGUCUGUUUUGUCCAACCUCCAGAACAGGCCUUUUUUAUACGACAAAACCCCCUGCCCUUUUCCAAUCGUUGUCGAAGCGUUGGGUCCCUUCGCUGACUUGCUCUUUCGUGUCUGUUUCAGUGCCAGUGACGCUGUGAAAGGAGAGGGCUUACAAGAAGGGGUUGAUUGGCUCCAAGGUAUGGCAGACAUUCCACACUCUCACGGUUUCUCUCAGCUCGCUAAAUGUAUCUGAUUGUUUUACCAUAGAUGCGCGGAAACCGUAGCUUCAUUAAAAUCGUGGUUUAUUUUCCAUUUGACUUCAUCUAUAGAUGAAAUGUCGCUGUGAGUAUUUGAUGUCUGUAGUGUUUUUAGUGCAAGUAGAAUGUCUGCUGACCUGUAGCUGACUAAGCAGUAGAAACCCCCCAUAAGGUCCUUUAGUCAAUGUUGUCCCAGUCGUCUCCCCUUUGGGUCAAUGUUCCCCUUCUGCCUGUAUGUGACGUGUCUUUUAGGUCCCUAUAAACCUUCAUAGCUCCUCUAUGACCUCUUAUAACCCUUCCCCCCUCUUGGAGAACCAAAUUGAGAUCUGAUUGUCCUCCAUUUUUUUUUUAUCCAGAUCAAAUCAGAACGAUGAGAACGUGAGAGGUUGAGAGAACAUCGUCUGGGUGGCGUCAUGGCAACACUGGAGUCCUCCGGGCGUUGACCCCCAUGGUGUACAUUCUCAACAUGCCCCCACCCACCACCACCGCCGCCGCCAC